AUGGAUCCGUCAGCUCCACAUCCAGCCAGCGGAUGGAUCAAGACCUGGGACGACUGCAACCAGGACGAGGUCAUCAAGGUUCACCAGAAUGACAAUGGUUUCAUCAACAUGGGCUACAUCUUCUACAGAGCCAUCAACAAGCCUGCAGAUGCUGGGAACCUCGUUGAACCUGGCGAGAUGAACAGUGGCCCGACCAUUUGCGACAAGUUCGAGCGUAAUGGAAUGGACAUUCGCUGGAAUUGGGACAUUGACUUCGAUAGGAACCAGUGGCAUUUUGCCCGCUUGUUCAAUCGGAACUACGAUGAUAUCCUCGGAUGGUUUAACGAAGGCAGUAAUAUCAAUUAUUUCGGUGCUUGGGCCAACUCUGCGGAUGGUCAGGACUCAGUUACCAAGAUCAAAGACAUCAACCCCAAUCACUGCUGUGAUCCGCGGGGCAUCCACUUUAUCGACAAUGCCGAUGGCUUGGAUGAUUUCGUCGGCAUUACAGCCAAUGAAGAUGCAUAUCUGUCCGUAAACAAAGGGAAUGGAAAUCGCGCUGACGGCAAGUCUCCAACGUUUCAGUUCGUCGCCAAGAUAAAGAGCAACGAAGGCGUUGUUCGGGAUCACAUCGUCAUGGCCGACAUUGAUGGGGACGGCCGAGGGGAUUAUGGGGCGAUUGAUGCCAUGAGAAAUGUGCGCUUCUGGCGGAACGGUUGGGUCAACGAUAUGUCCCAGGACUGGCAGGACUUGGGCCGACGAUUUUCCAACACGGGACUGGGAAGCUCGCUGGUAUUCGGUUUGAGGACACAAUGGAGAUGCCAAAGCAAUGUCUUCGGAAACCUACCGCUGCAGGACUACAUGUAUUUGGAGCACACCAAAUUGGCGGAGGAUAAGCAACGCUUUGAAAUGCGAGUGUGGAAGAAUAUUGGCGGAGGUGGCAGCAAGACUGUGGCUGACGGCGACAAGUACUACAACAUGGUGGGCCAUCGCGAUGGACGAGUCGAUCAUGUGCGGGCGCAGUCAACAGGAGAAAUGACCCUCUUCACCAACCGUGGCAAGGGCACUAUCGAUGACACGGACGCAGAGAGAUAUUGGGAUCCAAGCCCUUGCAUUAUAUUUCGACCACCACGGAGCAUGGACCGUCAGGAUCUGCACCUGCAGGACUGUGACGGGGAUGGCGACUGUGAUAACAUCUAUGUCAACUCUGAGACCAAUGCCGUGGAGGACUUCCUCAAUCAAUAUCCACAGACUGGCAGUUGGGGAUGGACUCAUUUGACAAACCCAGCUCCCGGUCUGACUUGUGGGUAUAAGAAAGGUCUAGGUGUCUUCGAUUUGGCUGUCCACUUUGCCGAUUUUACUGAGAACAAUCGCGCUGAUUACUUAUGCAUCGCACCCGAUGGCACCGUCAGUGGCAGCCUUCAACAAGACAGCGGCGUUUUUGUCGAUGUUGGCCAGAUCAAGUUUGCGAUCGGAAAGGACCGGCCCAUUCUCCGAUGCGCAGAUGUUAAAAGUGACAAGGUACAACGGAGGCCACGGCUCCCCAGACACACCGGUGGUGACUCUUCUUUUUACUGGAGAGUUCAAGAGAAAAAGGCCUAUUACGGCCUCGCCGCUGGGGCAUGCAUCCACUACGCCGACCUUGAUGGGAAUGACCACGCUGAUGAGCACUACAUCUUGGAGUCGUUCAAUAAUAAGGGGAGAACGUCGCUCAAUCCGUCCUGCGGCUUGACUGACCAGACAGGCGACGACGGGCUUGUUACCAACCCAAAUCUUCCAGUCCAGCCGGGAUCUGAGGAAGAUGACGACACAAGCGGCGGUUCGGGUGGCGACCACACCCCUUACGCCCCAAAUCCCAAGGAUGAUAACCCCCUUCCAACCUGUCCGGAUGCCUCCAGGUAUACAGCCAUUGAGCAGCUCGAAGGAAAUGCAGGACUGAUAGAACUCUGGUGUGGGCAACAAUACACGAUUACGAUGCUACUCCAGAUUCUCCGAGACUCGAUGGCUCGCUAUGACGAAAUCAUGGCCAGCGGCUACGACAAGUAUUUUCACGAUUUACGCAGACUAUCUCUCGAGGGAUUCCACACGGACGACGUCACCAACCCGAGGAUGAUUCUCAACAAGGCCCUCGGCGAUGCAAAGCCUCUGAUUGACCAGCUUUCGGCUUCGCUGUUUGAGAUACAGGCCAUGUCAUGGGAGGCUGACCUCGAUAUCGUUGACUCGGUCAGCAUGUCAAUCCUGCUCACACGCGACUCGGUCGACUUUAUGGAUAAUGUGGUAGAGAUGGGCAAGGAGCUGGAGUAA